AUGUUAGUCAAAGUAUUGCCAGCCCUUCAAGAUAACUUAAUGUAUAUUAUCAUUGAUAAGGAAACAAACACGGCCGCAGUUAUUGAUCCCAUUAAUCCAAAUGUAGUAAUUAACGUAAUUAAAAAGUUGAAAUGUAAGCUGACAACUGCGCUAAUCACGCAUCAUCACUGGGAUCACGCAGGCGGAAAUAAACAAUUAAAGUAUUUAAUUCCACAGUUGAGUAUAUAUGGCAAAGAUGAGAGGAUCGAAGGAUUGACCUGUCAAAUCGAUGACCAGCAUGUAAUUACAUUAGGAAAUUUGAAUAUUAACUGCUUACAUACACCUUGUCAUACUGCUGGAGAUAUCAGUUAUUACGUAACUAAGGAAGGCUAUAAUCCAGUACUUUUCACUGGUGAUACGCUGUUUGUUGGAGGAUGUGGUAAAUUUUUUGAAGGAACUGCCGAAGAUAUGUAUAACAAUCUUAUUGGAAUUUUUUCAAAACUUCCCGAUGAAACACAAAUUUACUGUGGACACGAAUAUACUGUUGAGAAUCUUAAAUUUGGGAUUCACGUAGAGCCAGAUAAUGAAUCAUCUAAGGAAAAACUUAUAUGGGCUUCUAAGCAACAAAAGCAGUUACUUUAUACCGUACCAAGUACCAUUGAGUCUGAAAAAUUAACGAAUCCAUUUAUGAGGGUGUGCGAGGAAAGAGUUCAACAAUUUGCUAACAAGUCUGAUCCGAUUCAAGUAAUGGCAUACUUAAGGGAAAAAAAGAAUGCUUUCAAAUCUGAUGAUGUUAAAAAAAACUAA